CUUCCCAGUUCUGAUAUCAUGUCUUCCGCUGCUGCUGCUCCCUCCAUCUUCGGCUCUGCACCCGCUCCUCGUCGUGGUAGCGACAGCUCUGAUGCUGCACCCACCGCUGGCGCCGUCAGCCGCACUUCCCUCGGACCGGGAGGUGUUGGAAAGCAAAAGGAGGCCUUGAAGCUUCGCUUGGACCUCAACCUCGAGGUCGAGAUCGCCAUUAAGGCGAAGGUCAACGGUGAUAUUACCCUCUCCCUCUUUAUCAUCAUGCCAGAGUCUGCUUCUCGCGCUUCCUCCCCUGGCACUCUUGCCCAUGGUCACGCUGCCAUUCACAAACCAACUUAUGCUCACGCUGUCGCCAAGCCGUACAGGGAAGCGUUGAAGCUUAGGCUUGACCUCAACCUUGAGGUCGAGAUUUCUAUCAAGGCCAAGGUCAAUGGCGACAUCACGCUCUCUCUCCUGUGA